CCACAUUUUGUUCAUCAUUGCAAAGAAAACGGGUACUCUUCAAUUUACCCGUUCACAUAACAUAAAUAAUAUCAACGAAGGCAAGGCAGUGUUUGCCCUGAGAAUAUCUUAUCAUAGUACAAACUCAUCAGCCGCAUCUCAAUAACUGAAAUCUAAACUGAGGUUAAUAUCAAUAGAUACAAAUAAAAAAAAAAUUGAAUAUACUUUCAAAAUAGCUGUGAGCCAUAUGCAGAAUAUCACCUUGCAAACUCAAGAUGAGUAGCAAUAACAUACGAACCCCAAAACCCAUCGAUGGGGCACAAUUUCUGGAGAUGUUGUCAACCAUAUCAUUGGAAGAAGUCUUGAUUUUUGAGUUUCGGCGAAAAACCACUGACAAAUGGGAAAUCAUGGUAGUGUGUCCGGACCCGUCGAAGAAGAUGUAUCGUUGCAAUGUUUGCAACGUUGUUCAAUACGGAGACAAGAAUUUAUUUGGUCAUUUGUGUGGAAAAAAGCACAACUUACUCAUGAUCAGCAUAAAACAACUUCAAAUGCGCAACAGAAACACUACUCCGCUGAAUUCAGACUCUUCGAAAUCACUGAAGGCAGCAAACGUCGUCGUAAAUAACAAAUUCAGUGCUAAGAGUUCACCUGGUGCAAACAAUAAAUAUAUGAAUCAAACUAAUGUCACUAAGACUACUACUAGUCCAAAAAUGGCAAACUCGCAAUUAAAACCUCAAUCUGUAAAAAACAAACUGCCAGGUCCAAAAGGGGAAGUAAUGAAAAACACGACCAGUGGAUCUAAAAAGUGUACAAACGCCAGGGGUAUUCAGUGCGAGAGUGAACUCCGUUCGGAUUCGUCCAAUGAAUUAAAAUCUAAGACAAGUCUAAUUAACAAUGACAACAAGAAAAAAAUAAUUAAGUCGGGAACAAUUGUAGAUUCUUCGAAAGAAAUUGCAACAGAGAGCACUCCCCCGGCUUCUUUAAAAUCGACAAUAAUUUGCGAUAUGUCGAAACAUGAUAUCGAGAAGGAAAGCUCCGCACCCAAGUCCGUGUCCAAAUCAAUUUCUGAAAAAAUGCCACCAUCACAAACGAUUGCUCAAGUAGAACCCUGUCCAGAACCUACAAAAAUGGUGCAGAAUAUGAAAUCAAGUCAAGUGGAGGUGUCCCAAAAUAUUGUGAACAUACCAAGCAUUGUUAAAAAUCCGCUAGCAACGAAAAUUUCAUGUGUUCCGCUUGCAAAACUGCUUGGAUCCGCCCAGUCCAAGGAGAGAGAGAAAAGUAACAGCGAUGUCAUUAUUAUAAACGAGGAGGAACUCAAUCGGAAUAAAGAAGAAAAAUUACACAAAAGUAUAAGCCAUGUUCAGAACACAAACGAAUCCUAUUCGAAUGUUGAUAGAAUUGCCAACAAAAAAGUUGUCGAUAAGAUUAAUGAAGUAGUGCCGGUUAUAGAUAUAGCUUCUCGCUUUAAGGAGUCAAAGACAUCAUCAUCAGGGUCGAGACCUUUUACCUUUGAAUCUAAGAAAAAUCCUGAUAAAAUUGUGGGACUUGUAGGCGUCGAAUACGUUAUAAAAAUAGUAAGAAACAUAAGCGAUAAGAAUGCCAGAUACCAAUGCAGUUUCUGUGAGAUCACCUCUAACGAGGCUGCGAUGCAUACCCACUUACUUGGAUACAAUCACCGUCUCAAAUAUUUUGAGAAGCAUUUUCCUACAGCAAUGCGACAGUACCGACAAUAUGUCUCGGAAGUUCCAGAAAGUGAUGUAUGCAAAGUAAUGAUUCCCAUUUUAGAUAAACUGGCAAUGGCGGUUGAGAAGCACCAUGGUCGGGAAUCAGCCUUCCUUUGCUAUGAAAGCUUUUUUAAAACAAAUCGUGCAGACGUAGUCGAAAGAGUUUAUAAUAAACGGCAUUUCUCCGAACAAAAUGGACCGACGUUUACGCAUGUUGUGGAUUCAAAAGAUGUUGAAAAACUGUUGGAAAAUGCUCGAAAUAAAAGCAACCAGAUAUUAAAUGUUGGAAACUCGAAUGCCACUUUAUGUGAAUCUCGAAAUAUAAAUGUAUCUCAGACUGCAAACUAUGCAACGAAUGCCUAUUUUAACUACCCGCAGUUUGCUGAAGCACCUUUUACAGAGACCGUUGAUGAUGAAACACACAAAAGAUUGGUUGAAAAGUUUUUAAGAGGUACCAGGAAAUCUUUGGGCUCAUCAAAACCGAAAUCCCGAAAUCUGAAACGAACUCGAUCGAGAUCGAGAUCUCAUUCAUCUGAUCGAUGGAAGAAAGUGCCUAGCCCAGAAUUGAAAAGGCAAUACAAUACCGAACGCAGAUCGUUAUCUCUAUCCCCGUUAAGAGAUGGUGAUAUUUGGCAGGCGUAUCGACACAUGGUUGAUCAAAAAGUGCGUGAGUUGAAUGUAUCUUUUGAGGUGUACAAGUCUGAUCCAGAACAGCAUCCUCUUUAUCAAGAAGAGUGGCAAUCCUUCUGGAAGCGACGCAAAGAUGAGCUUAUACUGUUGGGUAUUAACCAUCGGUCUUAUAAUUUUCAAAAUGAAUGGAUUAUUUUCUUUAACGCGCGUCUCGAAGAAUUGUACAAUCGCGACAUGGAGAAUAUUAAGCUAAAAUGUCGGGAAAGGCUGUGUUUGCCAAUGACCAAUGACAAGUUAAUGAAUUCAAACUAUCACGUUCAUGCACCUGAGAAAAUGAAUAUGAAUAUAGAGACAAUGGGAGCAUCUAGGAGCUCUCUGGACAAUCUUACUGACGAUGACACUACAAAGAUUAUUCACGUCCUUCGUCUUUUAACUGCACUUGAGGAAUUUUUGGGAAGUUUGGGACCUUCAAUCACGGAAAUGCUAACCAAAGCAUUGCAGACGCAGAAGACUGACCCAGAUAAUGUCCAGAAUAUAUUGCUUACAUCAGAGAACUGUGCCAAAUUAGAAACUGCAAAAGAGAAAUUUAAAGGAAUAUUAAUUUCCAAAAUAUAUGAUCCUGUCAAGGAACGGGCGAUUAAAAAAGCUAUAAUUGACACCGAAGCACUACUUAAAAACGUAGAUAAGAAUAACUCUAACUCACUGCAUGAAAUAACUGAAAAAAAAGAUAAUCAAAUGGGUUGCAAAGAUCAAAUUAAUGUUCAAGCGCCCAUUGACAAGAGAGAACUAGCAGCAAAGCUGGCCUCUUCAUUGAUCUCUCAAGGCAAAACAUCGAUAAACAGGGAUGAGCUUCAAAAAAUUCUGCAUGUUUAUUCUCUUAUUGAGAAAAAGAAACGACAGGAUGAACUCGAGGUUUUGGAUACUGGCCGAAUAGAAAAUACAGCGCAACCACUUCUACCAGAUAAUUCGAUUUAUAACUCAUGUCAUGAUGACAAUGAGCUGACACGAAACUCCAUUCAAAAUUGUAAUACAGGGCACGAUGGGAACAGUAUGUAUACUGGUGGUAACUCUUUUGCAAAUGCUGCUCACUUGAAUAAUACAAACUCUAACCCUCCUAACCCAACGAACGAAAUUUCGUUUCGACACGGAUUUGAUCUGGAUGGAUAUCAGUAUAAUCGGUUUGACAGCGCUGCAUUAACGAGGAAUCAGAGCAGCACCAUACAAAACAGUAUGAAUUGCUCUUCCUUCUUCCCAAGGAAUCAGAAUCAGAGGAAUAACAGACAGUUUUGAAACGAGAGCAAUUAACAAGCAAAUUGAAAUUUGUCUAAACGAAGACGGUAUUAAUGUGUACAUUUUGGAAGUACUCCUUCAGCUAGUUAAUAA